AUGUUGGACACCAAUCCGCGACACAUGGUCUAUGAGGAGGGCAAGAUCGCGGACAACGGCCGAGAUAUAGAGUGUCGCAGACUCAUCAAUGAUGUCUUCAGGGAGUACGGCGUACACGACAUCUCGUACAUCUUCAUCCCAUUUCGUCAUCGCAACAAGCAACAAUACAUCAAUCAACAGAUCAAGCUGGUGCUCGAAUCAAUGACGGACGAAGACCAUGUCAUAAUCUUCUUUCAAGGAAGCGCCCACUUUGACGGAGAAAUCGUAGAGAUCCAAGAUGAUGCCGGCCCCAACGCAGAUGGCAUAGGAAACUUCGAUGGCUGCAACUACUCGAUCAUGUUUCAAAAUCACAAAGAGAUCAACUUCUAUCAAAUCUUCGAGAUGAUGAAGGGCAGCGAUGCGAACAUCAAGGCAAAACAAGCGGAGAGAGAUGGCUUGCUUGCCCAGGGCCGCUCGCAACGAGACAUCACUGACGAUGAUAUCGAGGAGCUAGUACUGCAGAAACAUCACGGCGUAAGUGCCAUUGUCGAAUGCGACAUCACGCUCCUCUGGGACGCCUCCUUCCCAGAUAUGAUCGUCAAGGAAUUUCGUCGACCUCGUGGGUGCACAGACGUGAUUGCACGACCAGAAGGCGCCAAAGACAGCCAUGGUAGACCGUUGUCGGGCGAGGACUGGUGGACCAAGCAGCUUGCAAAAUACCUUGCGCAGCUCUUGACCAACUUCGAGCAGACUUAUGGUCACUACACAGCGAAUUUCUCUUUCGUUGAGCUCAUCAAACGCUUUGGGAAGGACAGGCACAACAGCACCCAUCAUUACUUCACGGAUUGCGCCAAGCCGAAAGCCAAAGCCACGAAAGUCAUCUCUCAUCCAGAGAUCUGUUUGGAAGCGCUUCGGGAGGGAAAACUCCAGCACAUACGCAAAGUUCUGCAGGACGUGACUACGCAUACCGAAGCAGAUGAGGAAGCUGAGGAGGAGUCAGCUGCUAUGCCAACGAUUGCGACUGCCUCGCAGAUUCCAGAUCCUAGCCAUGUGCCAAUGGGCGCCGAUGCAGCAUGCCGCCAAACUCCCUCGGCCUUCAGCGACGAAGGAUAUGGCGGUCGCGAUGAGGACAAGAGCUCAUUGUUCAUGCCUAAAUAA